ACAACUUUUGAUGUGGAUACGUUCUGGAGUGGUCGAAAAGAACAUUAAAAAUACUCUUGACUCUACUUUGGAUGCUCUAUAUGAUGUCUGUCUGUUGAGAAGUUCUCGCAGGUCUAUAUAUGAUUCACUUCAUGAUCUUUUGUAUAGUGAUCGGGUCUUUCAUCAAAAAUCACCAGCACAUAUCAUGUUGUCUGGCUGGCUUGAAGAUAAAAAAUUGUCAACUUCCUCGACUUCCUUGUCUCAACAACCAAAACAGUCGAAACACUCAAAACCUUUUGUGGUUUUUAAAAAAACGCGGUUUCAUUCAUCUGCUGUUGGGCAACAUGCAACCAUCACUAACAAUUACAAUGACAAUGAUAAUGGUUCUGCUUGCAAUUCUUCUCCACGAGUUAAACAAUCAUUUUCUUUUACUGACAGCGAGCAAGGUGCAGUUAUAGAGCCUUUCAUUAACCUUGCUGAGAAAGCAGUUUAUAAUUUUCUUGUUAAAAACAAACGUAUUAUUCCUUUAGAAACUGUUAAAGCAUUCAUGGCUAAACAACGUUCUCCUGUUAGUAGAGAUUUUUCUAAUGCAGAUCUACUAUGCAUGCUAAACUUUAUCCUAGAAAACAUCAACAUUUUCUUAAAAGAAUCUGUAUUCCAUGGUCAAUAUAAGGCUAAUCCCACUGAGUUAUUAAUUCAUUUUAAAAAGAAUGUAAGAAAUAAGUUGGCUCAUGGAAUAGUGAUUGAUGAAAAAGGUCGUUGGA